AUGGGCGCGGGGGGCGCCGCGAGAGCCGACAACGGCCACUGCGGGGUGGUAGCGGGCGGCGGCUGCAGCGGCCCAGUGAACGCCGCGGAGGCCGCCGAGUGCGGCGAGUACCACGGCAGGGCUGGCGGACCGGUGGCGCGGCCGGUGGCGGGGGUGGCGGCGGCCCGUAGGGGCUUUCGAAACAGCGGCUGGCGGCUUUGUGGAGGGAACCGGCAUCUGGGCGGUGGGGCGCCGGAGGUGGAGACCAGCGACGCGGAUGGGGAGGGCAGCGGCGCGGUGGUGAUGGGCAGCGGCGCGAUGGUGGUGGUCGGCAGUGGAAGGGAUGGGGUGGGUGGCGGCGAAGACAUGACCGCAACUGAGCUAACUGAUACUAAGGUGGUAGGAGCUAGGGCUCUACCGGGUCUAGGCCGGAGAUUGUAUGGGGAGGAGGGAGGCGGGCGAGGCUUGGACCGCAAUGGCCGGCGUGCUGGCGCCGUCUCGCGCGGAGGAGGAGGCGGCGGCGAUGCCAGAGUGGCCGGCUAG